AUGGGGCAUCCCCCGCUGGAGUUCAGUGAUUGCUACCUGGACAGCCCAGAUUUCCGUGAGAGGCUCAAGUGCUAUGAGCAAGAGUUGGAGAGGACCAAUAAAUUCAUCAAAGAUGUAAUCAAAGACGGCAGUGCGCUUAUCAGCGCCAUGAGAAAUUACUCUUCUGCUGUUCAGAAAUUUUCCCAGACUCUGCAGUCAUUUCAGUUUGAUUUCAUUGGAGACACUCUCACUGACGACGAGAUAAACAUUGCUGAAUCCUUCAAAGAAUUUGCUGAAUUGCUCAACGAAGUAGAAAAUGAGAGGAUGAUGAUGGUACACAAUGCUAGUGAUUUGCUGAUCAAGCCCCUGGAAAAUUUCCGGAAGGAGCAAAUAGGCUUCACCAAGGAGCGGAAAAAAAAAUUUGAAAAGGAUGGUGAGAAGUUUUAUUCUUUGCUGGACCGACAUUUGCAUCUGUCUUCCAAAAAGAAAGAAUCCCAGUUACAAGAGGCAGACCUCCAGGUGGAUAAGGAGAGACACAAUUUCUUUGAGUCCUCUCUUGAUUAUGUUUAUCAGAUCCAGGAAGUUCAAGAGUCCAAGAAGUUCAAUAUUGUGGAGCCAGUCUUGGCUUUUCUUCACAGCCUCUUCAUUUCCAACAGUCUAACUGUGGAGCUCACACAGGAUUUCCUCCCAUACAAACAACAGCUACUGCUCAGCUUACAGAAUACAAGAAAUCAUUUCUCCAGUACCCGGGAAGAGAUGGGGGAACUUAAGAGAAGAAUGAAAGAAGCUCCCCAGACUUGCAAACUACCGGGACAGCCGACCAUUGAGGGCUAUCUCUAUACACAAGAAAAAUGGGCUUUGGGAAUAGCCUGGAUGAAAUACUACUGCCGAUAUGAGAAAGAGACCAAGACGCUCACCAUGACACCUAUGGAACAGAAGCCAGGUGCUAAGCAGGGGCCCUUGGACUUAACCUUGAAAUACUGCGUGAGAAGAAAAACAGAGUCUAUCGACAAGAGGUUCUGUUUUGAUAUAGAAACUAAUGAAAGGCCAGGAACCAUCACUCUGCAAGCCCUCUCUGAAGCUAACAGAAGGCUAUGGAUGGAGGCCAUGGAUGGGAAAGAACCUAUCUACCACAGCCCCAUAACAAAACAGGAAGAAAUGGAGCUGAAUGAAGUGGGGUUCAAGUUUGUUAGAAAGUGCAUCAAUAUCAUUGAGACCAAAGGGAUCAAGACAGAGGGGUUGUACCGCACUGUGGGCAGCAAUAUUCAGGUUCAGAAGCUGCUGAAUGCCUUUUUUGAUCCCAAAUGCCCAGGAGAUAUUGAUUUUCAUAAUAGUGACUGGGACAUUAAGACAAUCACCAGCUCCUUGAAAUUCUACCUCAGGAAUCUUUCAGAACCUGUCAUGACCUAUAGACUGCACAAAGAACUGGUUUCUGCUGCCAAAUCUGACAACCUGGAUUACCGUCUGGGAGCUAUUCACUCUCUUGUAUAUAAGCUACCAGAAAAUAACCGAGAGAUGCUGGAACUUCUUAUAAGACACUUGGUCAAGGGCCAUGGGACUCGGCCACCAGGCUGUGUGGUAGGUUGGGCCUCGAGGGCUCUGGACUUUGGUGGCGACCGGGCUGUGGGCCGCCUGGGCCGUGUGGCAGCGCCGCUUUCUGAACGGGUUGGCUCCAGCCCCUCCCUCCACACUCUGCAUGGGCGAGUUCAGGACAUUGAAGCACUAGGUUUUAUUAUAGUUCAAAGGCUGUUGGUCCACUACAUGAAGAUAUAUUCAGGUCCACCUGAAGAAAGCACUGCACCUCCAGUGCCUCCACCUCGGGUGACAGCACGAAGACACAAACCAAUCACAAUUUCAAAGCGCUUACUGAGGGAAAGGACAGCUUUCUAUACUUCUUCCCUUAAUGAAAGCGAAGGUGAAAUCAAACAUCAAACACCUAAUGGUACUAUCACCAGCAACAUAGACCCCAACAAGCUGUCACAACAUCCCAAGCUACCUAUUCAGAAGAUUGAGGAAGCUGAUCCUGGGAGGAAGUUCUUAAGCAGGCCUAUUUCAGAUAGCAAGUUGGAACCCUGCUCUGAGGUAGAUGUGGGGAGAUUGGUAUCCAGGCUGCAGGAUGGAGGGACCAGAGUCACCCUAAAUGGACCAGUAUCAGGCUCUGGGCCAACCAAGAUAUCUUCUUUCCACAUAAAGAGACCAGCUCCCCGGCUUCUGGCUCACCACAAGGAAGGUGAUUGUAACAGUUUUAGCAAAGUUCGACCUCCAGGAGAAAAGCCAACCAUCAUCCGUCCCCCAGUGAGGCCUCCAGACCCUCCGUGCCGGGCAGCUACUCCCCAGAAACCAGAUCCAAAGCCAAAUAUUGGAGCUGGCAGUGCAGAGGAGAUCCCAUCAUCUGUGGUGGCUUCCAGGACCAGGUUCUUUGAAACAGCUUCUCGGAAAACAGGAAGGUUUUAUAAACCUUGGCCUCAGGGGACCCUUUCAGGCUUUGGAAACUCUUCAAACCCUUGUUUGCUGAGUGAUUUUAUGCUGAAAAGCAGCUCCCUAUUGGUCCCAUACCUUCAGGAUUUGGGAGGCUAG